CAUACUAAAUGCUAAUAACAUACUUCCCGCUUUAAGCUUUCAACAAUGUUGCUAUUUAAAAUGUAUCCUCGUGGAUAUUGAUUAAACAAACAGUUGCCCACAAUAAUGCCGAUUUUCUGUUUAGGGCCGAAAGGUUCCGGAAAAACUCAUCUGUUACGACGGCUUGAAACUUCUGAUUCCGUCGACAAUACAACAUAUUCGGUUCCAACUGUUGGGACGAAUAUCUAUUCCAUUCAAAUACCCAAUAAAGACACAAAUGCUUCGAAACGAAACGCCGUGAAAAUAGUGCAAAUUCUCGAGAUUGGUGGCACCAUGGCACCUUUGUGGAGACAAUAUUUCACCGACGUCAAUAAAAUCAUUUAUGUGGUGGACACAUCGAACCUUUGUCAAAUUUCAGCUGCAGGCGUGCUCCUCUACUCUAUUCUGGUAGAGCCUAGACUACAAAGAACUAAAUUCCUUCUGGUUCUCACCAAAAUGGAUUUGGCUUAUCGGCAAAUGAGGAACGAGGCGCUGCUAAUGUUACAGAUUGCAAAGCUGCAGAAAGAAAUCAAACAGCAUUUUACGGUGAUAGAAGCGAGUGUGAUAUCAGGGAUGGGAAUUGACAAAAUUUUAGACUGGCUUAGUUUACCGUAGAUCCUUUGGUUGACCUUUAGCACAACGCUUGACUUUCAAGAUGGAGAACAGGCCAACUGGUCACUAAU